AUGGCUUGCAACCACGAGUGGUUUCACAGAUUGCUUGUCGGUUGCGAUAUGCCAGCGUGGCACCAUGCGCUGACAAUCUUCGUUGCGGCGACAGUGUUGGUACAGGCCAAGCCCAAAACAUAUCCACAGCACUCCUCGAAGGUUCAUUGGAAAAAAGAAGGUGAAUGUGCGAAGGGGCCUUGCGCAGGGUUCCAUCCAGACGAGAAUGACGACUGUGUGAGCCACUGCGUUUCUGAUGCCUGCUAUGCGGAAGUCUACGCAGGAGAUCCCUUGGAGCCCGGAGAAGUGGAUCGCACCAGACAAACAAGAUUCAACACAUGCGUUCGUAAAGAGCAUGAUGAUGAGAACAAGCGGCUUGUGGAGGAGCGAAAAGCUGCGAAGGCUGCGGGGUGA